AUGAUGUCGUACUACUGGCGAUUCCACUCAGCAGCACUGGUUGCAUUUCGAUACUUCCGUUAUCUUGGUUAUCGCGCAUUUGGCCUGUUGUCUCGUAUAUUCCCACCGUUCAUCAGAUAUCAUUCAUCUAAAUCUGAUAAGCCUGACGACCUUGAGGCUAAUGAUUCGGUCGGUGCGACCUCAACGUCGAACUGCGACACAUACACUAUACGGCUGCAUCCUCAACGUGAUUUGGAGGCAAUGGGAGUCGGGGCUUCUGCUCAAGUCUAUGGCGUUGAUGACGAGGUAGUUCUCAAGACUUCUUGGGUAUUUGAACGACCUGGGAGUAGUGCCUCUGACGGUGAUCGAUGGCACUACGCCUCAGACACCCUCUUUCACUCCAACUUGUUACAAAACGAACGAACUGUACUACGAGUGCUUCAAGGACGGCCACACCCUCACAUUAUGGAAGCCAUCGAUGCUGACCAACCUGAGGGAAUUUAUCUCCGCAGAUAUCACUCAUUAUCUAGUGAUAGAAUUCCCUGUCAGCUUCAUCGGAUUUGCUGGUAUCGUGAUCUUACCGACGCACUUUGCCAUAUCCACAGCCUCGGCAUAGCCCAUGCUGAUAUACGGAUUGACAAUGUCCUCUUUGAUGAACAAGACGGUGCAAUUCUCGGGGAUUUUAGUGCCGCUAGCCCUCUUGGUCAACCAAAUCCCGUUUUCCCGGAUCUUCCACUUCCAGUCAACGGUCCCUCGCCAACUUUAUCUGAAGGAACAGAUAUGUUUGCUAUGGGGUCCCUUAUUUUUCAGAUGGAGCAUGGAGCCAAGCCUGAGUUGUCUGUUGACAGUUAUGGCACAUUGGUUCUGCCGAAAAUAAGAACUGGUCAUCAAAGCCUUGAUACGAUGAUUCGAAAAGCUUGGCUCGGGCACUAUAACCGCACCUCAGAGAUGCUCGAAGAGCUUAAUGCUAUUGAUACCAACGGUACUCGCCCUGCAUAUGAUAUCAAAUUGCGUUCGGGAUCAACGGAAUCGUUGAGAGACCGGAUUCGGAAAUGGAGGGAGCGCCGUGAGAAUAAGUUUGGUUGUGUUCUCGACGGUAUACUUUCAGAAGACCAAUUGCAGGGCCUAGCUGACUGCUAUGGUUUGGACAAAGAUGCUGAUUUACGUUUCAUUGGUUAUCAGGCACACUAG